GGCGGUUGGAGGAAAAUGCCGCUCUCAGGAAGUCGGGGAGGUGCUUCUCCAAAGGCCCAGGACGUUCUAGGAGAUUAGUGACCAACGAAGCCACCACGUGCGGAAUGCCUGAAACAUGUGACUUCAAAGAUUCCGUUUCCCCUUUUGUCGCUAACCACAAAAACAGCCCCCCGGGCCCGGCACGCCGGAGAGCAGGCUGCCCGGAUACUGCGGCGACGGGGGCCACGGGCCACGAGGAGCACGGCGGGGCCGGUGUAGCUGACACAGGAGGCUGGGCAGGACCUGAAUGCAAAGGGAGCUUAAAGCUGGCUGUGCCAUGUCCUUUCGUCCUGCGCUCAGCAUAGGGAAGGCCUGGCUGAGAACUGAGGCCCGGCAGAGUCCACCGUCGGGGAAUGUGCGGCAGAAUUCUCCUCUGGGUGCAGAUUUGGUUCCCAAGAUCUCCCCGUUGGUGUGUGACUGCUACUCGAUGAAAACCUGCCCUGUGUGACCUGGCAGAGAUGCGAGAGCAUGUUAACUCUGAACCCUACUGAUGACACACGUGCACAUUUACUUUAUGUCCUAAGGUGCGUCACCAAGUCUUUGAGGAGGGAGAAGUAAGGAGCUCUACCACAUUUGGGGAUCAAAGGGUGCCAUGGGGGCGGGCUAUGAACUGUUGAUUGCUUUAGCAGAAGGAGCCAGCUAGUGUCUUCUCCCACAAUCUCCCGAUGCCUUCAUAGGUGCCAGCCCCCUGCUGUCCCUCCCCAGCUGCCAUGCCCUGCAGGCUCUUCCUGGCAGCUCCCAUGGUGCAAUCACGCAGCGUCCAGCAGCUUAUGGCGAACGUGGAAAGAGCGCCCGGCAAAGGGAGCUGGCUAUCCCGCUGCGCAGAGGGCGAGGGGACUCCUUCCAUCGUCAUUAAGGCACAGAAUUUCCCAUCUGCUGCACCAGAGGCCGCUGAGUUCAGCAGGGGGCCUGGCCACCGAGUCCAAUGGACCUGGCAUGGAAACCGGUGGGCCACAAAAUCCAGGGGGGCGGGUCACUAGAUCCAGGGGUCCAGCUGCAGAACCAACGGAGUCCUGGGAGAAGAAGGUGACUCUGCUGUUUGUACAGUCAUGCCCCCCGGGUGCCUGCCUGGGCUUUGGGCCCCCAAUCCCACCUCUGCUCGGUAUAUUUGGGGAGAGCCCGCUCCUUCCUCUGCAGGGAUCUGGAGCCGUCCGGCUCCUGCGUGGUUUGGAUCAGAUCUUCCCAGGGACUCCUGCAUUCAGCAGUGGGCCGGCAUCCCGGGCACCUCGGCGUGUGCACUCUGCCUUCGGGGUGGCGUGCUGAGCGGGUGCCGUAGAGGGGGCAUCCCAGAGGCCGAUCCCAGCGCUGGCUGUGAAUGGCUCUCCGACACCGCUGGAAGUCUCUGCUGGUCCUGUGGUGCCUGAGCCAGUGCUAGCUGCCUUGGGCAACAUCUCCCCUUCCCCAGGCAGGAUGGGGUUACAGUGAACAGCGCUGCCCUCUCUGAUCCACCCUUCUCUGGAAAUGGGAAGGGGAGGCUGGCCUUGGUUUCCUCCGCAGAGCUAGACGAUUCCUCCAGCUGCCAGGCUUCCACUCUGACAGCUGUAGGGGAGAGGGGAAGGCGCCCGCUGCUGCUGCUGCGCUCCGGGACUGGAUCAACCCCCUACACUCUGCAGAUUGGAGUCCCGGUGGGCAACCAGGCGCAGCAAAGGGAACUGCGUUGCCGAAGCCCCCUCUGCGUGGGGGGAGCUGGAGACCCUGGUGGGGGCAGCAGGGCGACAGCGAGGAAUCUCUGAGCUCUCGGGCUCCGUUUGCUGGCUGCAGCGAUCGCUGGGCGUAUUGGACCGGUCCAUACAGCCCAGCCUGGACGCCCCAGUUUUGGAUGUGUGUGGGGGGGCAACCUCUCCAGGGCGUCGUGGGGGCCUGCUGGCUCCCAGCCCUUGGCCUGCUGCCUCUGACUUCAAAGCUGACGCAGCCACAACCUUCUGGUCUGAAUUAAGCCCAGCUGUGCGGAGCUGCAUUCUUUGGGGCUGGCUCCGGCUCCCCCUCCGCCCCCCGUCGGCAGCGCAUUCCACCGCCCGCUCCGGAAGCCCCGGAGCUGCCCUGUCCUGACAGCUGCGCCGCAUCUGCCUGCUGCGGAGCCCGGUGACCCCAAAGGAAGCGAGAGCGACAAACAGCCCCCCACCGGGUCCUGUCCCCACACGGCCAGCCAGCCAGGUGAGGCCAGGGUCUGCGCCUACCGGGGCAAGGGGUCUCUAACUCUGCCCUAGCCCCCCCCGGGGUGCGCGAGGCUUCCAUGGGGCUUGCCGGAGCCUGUCGCCUGCUGCCACUCUGCCUGCUCGUGGGGCUGCUGACCCCCAGCCCGGGGCAGCCCCCGCCGGAGUUGACGGACGAUGAGAUCGAGGAGUUCCUGCAGGGCUUCCUGCGGGAGGUCAGCCCCGAGGGCGAGGAGGAAGCCGGGGGGCGGGGGCUGGAGGAGCCCCCCGAGCCGCAGGGGAGGCUGAAGCCAGCAGGGAAGGACAAGGCAGCCAAGGCCCCCACAGAGGUGGAAGAAGGGACAACUGUGAAGGUUAAAGAGAAACCUAAGAAAGGGAAAAAGGAGAGGCCUCCCAAGCCCACCAAGAAGCCCAAGGAGAAGCAGCUAAAGGCCACCAAGAAGCCCAAGGAGAAGCAGCCAAAGGCCACCAGGAAGCCCAAGGAGAAGCACCCAAAGGCCACCAAGAAGCCCAAGGAGAAGCAGCCAAAGGCCACCAAGAAGCCCAAGGAGAAGCCUCCCAAAGCCACCAAGAAGCCAUCUGGUGGGAAGAGGCCCAAGAUACCACCCCCCACCCAGCCCUACGAGGAAGAGGAGAGGUACUGGCAACCCGAGAGACCUCUGAUCCCCCCACCAGCCGAAAAGGAUUACGACCUGCCCGAGACUUCCAGAAUCGCCUCACCCUAUGACGAGGAAGAGGAGAGGUCCCGGACAUAUGGGGAACGGGACAAAGCUGGAUUUCCCGAGGAGCCGGACGAGCCACGCGGGGCUGAAGAACAGGAGCCGGGGAGCCGCCGGAAUGAGUUCCAUGAGCCCCCGACGGAGCCGUGGGAGCCCGGCAGGGAGGACCGGAGACCGGCGCCCGACCCCGUGCUGACGGAAGAGCCCGAGCCACCCACGCUGGACUACAAUGAGCAGAUCGAGCGGGAGGACUACGAGGACUUCGAAUACGUCCGGCAGCAGCAGAAACCCAAGAAACCUCUGAGCAGGAAGAAACCUGAGAGGCCGCCGUUGGAGGUGGAGGAGAAGCCAAAGCCGCCCGUGGAGCCACCCCCACCGCCCCCCGAGAGGGACUACGAUGAGGAGCUGCCACUGCCACCACUGCCGGACUACGACGACAACACCACAGCCCUGGCCCCCGUAUGA